GUCUUCUCGCCAGUGAACUAACGGAAAAUCUGUUUUAAGUCGUUUGCGCGAGGAUUUCACUUCCGAGAAUGAUCUUAUGAGUCUUCUUUUGAUUUAUACUGGUCACAAUGUUAGUUUUGUGGAGGAGCAGCAGUAAUAUGAGUGACCUGGUGGGUCCGGUGGAUCAGGGUUGUGUGGACGGAUCUCUGAUGGACGGGUUCAGUGUUUUUAUUCAGGGGCUGUUGGCUGUUCUGGCUUUCAGCACUUUAAUGUUGAAAAGGUUUCGUGAACCCGUCGGAAUAAGAAGACCAUGGAGGAUCUGGAUCUUUGAUACGUCGAAGCAGGCCAUUGGGGCUCUUUUCAUGCAUUUUGCCAACAUUUUCUUGUCCACACUCACCAAUGAAGAUCCCUGUUCUCUAUAUCUAUUGAACUUCCUAUUGGAUGCCACACUGGGAAUGCUGGUGAUCUGGGUGGAGGUGAAGGUUGUUUCCAAGAUAGUGGAACAUAAACAGCUAACACUGCUGAUGUUUGGAGAAUAUGGUGAUCCUCCCCGGAUAGCAGCCUGGUUGGCUCAGUGCUCAGUGUAUUUACUCAUAGUUGCUGUGGAGAAAAGUGUGGUCACUCUGGUGCUGCUCGUCCCUGGGUGGACCAAUCUGGAGGAGGUGGUUCUGGACUACAUCCCAAACCCACAGCUGGAGCUGGCUAUCGUCAUGCUGAUCGUGCCUUUCAUUGUAAAUUUUAUAAUGUUCUGGGUGGUGGACAGUUUAACAAUGCGGAGAUCUAAGAAAAUGACGUCCCUGGAGGGCUCACGUGACUGUCCUAAGCAAGGAGAGGUGUUGCCAAAUGACAGCAAUGGCGAAGCUGAGGUGCUGUUAAAGGAAGAGGAAGAUGAUGCUACAGUGUGUUCUGAACAGGAAGACCACGUCUCUACAGAAGAGGUGUUGAUACGAGUCUGAAUGGAAGUUUAAAACAAACGUUUAGAAGUAUACUUGGCAGAAUUGCUUAAACACUAUAUAUUUGUUCCUAAACCUAGUGAGCUGCCUUGAUGUUUACUUCCUAAAUAGGCAGAUGCCUUUCAGAGUGAAAUGGAAACUCCUAAGUGACUUUGGAACACUCUAAUUAGACUUCAACUUGGCACAACUCAGAACUUUUCACGCCAAGUACACACUUGAGAUGGGACUCCGUUGAUACCAAUAGAGUUUGGCAUUAGUAUGUUGCUAAGCUAACAACACAGUACCAUAGGCUGAAGACAUGUCUCCCCUUCCUACCACUAUGGAAAAGUGAAGCCAAAACAUCUCAGUAUGGCCGCUGUCAUCUUGCGAAAAUGAUGUAAUUUGGAUCCCCAGUCUGCGCAGUAGUGAUUAAUUUGGAGACUGCGUAAUAGGGAUCAAGAAGUGAAGUCGCGGUAUCAAAGUAUCAUCCAAACUCCCGCAGACCCAAACACACACUCACAAU